AUGCCUCGGAGCGGUUCCAUCAAGAAGCAGGCGAUUGCCGGCGAUGCCAACGAUGCCCUCCCGCGAGACGUCCUGGCCAGCGUCCUGCUCCGCUUCCCGGCGAGCGACCUCCGGCGCUUCCGCCUCGUCUGCAAGGAGUGGUGCGAGGUCAUCUCCGACCCUACCUUCAUCGAUGCGCACAUGGUCCACGGACCACGGGCCCUGACCCACACCAUUGUUUUUUUUCGUGGACGUCGGGGAGGCGGAGCUGACGGGGCCAUAGAGCCGCGAAGCAGCGACGGCUACCUCUUCGACGAGCAGUGGCGACUGGUGGCCAGGUUCACGGCCGGCGAGUCAGAAGACAUGGUGGGCACGUGCAACGGCCUGCUCUGCUUCCUCGACCUCCGCCAGGGGGGCAUCAGGGUGGUAGAGCCCUUCACCGGCGAAUCGCUUGUCCUGCCGUCGCCGCAGAGGCGGUUGUGGCACGCUCGUGGCGCCUACAGCUUUGGCUUCGACCCCAGCUCGAGGAGAUACAAGAUUUUGCACCACGAGAAAGAUGCUUACAUGUACACGAUCGGAGGAGGCGAGAAGUGGAGGAGAGCGCAUGGGGCCACCGUGUCUUACGGCUGCGUAUUCGCUGACGGAGCAGUGUGGUCCGUUGCUACGAAUCGGCGUCGGCUCAGAAAGGUCGUGCGCUUCGAUCUGGCGACGGAGAAGAUCACGUCGGAGCCCAUGGAAUCGGCUGGCUGGGGUACAGCUCUGUCAACGGUGUCGGACGCGCGGGUGUUCUUGAUGGGCUUAGGGGUGGCCGGGGAGUUGGAGGUGUUCUCCAUGGGAGACGGCGGCCGGUGGAUGCGAUAUAGCAUCGCCGUGAGGGCGCCUCACAUGCGGUUUCCCGCGGUGCCGCAUCCCCUGCAACGGGGGCACGUGCUGAUGCGGGACCGUAACAGGGAUUCGCGCGGUGGCGUGUACGCCCAUCCGAUUGCGCCGGCGAGCAAUGAUCUGGGCUCGGGGAAGCUGCUGCUUCAGAUGCCAAAGGACUGGCCGGGAGCUGACGGGACACCUAGAUGCGAUAAUAAGACGCGAUGGCUGUUUGUACCGGUCCCGCGUGAGGAGGAGACGGCGGCCAGAGUAAGACGAGUCCCACAAGAACUGCACCCUCCAAGGGUGUUCUCCUAUGCCCCACCAGUGUCUAUUUUCAAGAAAGCAAAAAAUGCCCCACCGGUGUCUCCUCCUCCCUUGGCACGCUACUUUGGAGGCCUGCGUGAAUUAUAA